UAUAUAAUAAAUACAUUAACAAAUUUACAAAUUUUAUGUUCAUUGUUGUAGUGUUAUUUUAUCGUGAUUCAUUGACGUUGGCUACCUUUGCAAUACUUCUGACAGCCUUAAUACGCAAAUUAAAAAGUAUGAAUACAGAGAUACCAAAUUGGAUUUUGUUCACUACAACAUUUGUUUUGAGCAACAAUGUUGGGCGCUUCCUGAUCUUCAACGACAAGUCCAAGAUAGCAAACAGAUACAAUAAUUGAAGGAAGCUCGGACGUUCCAAAAUCUGAAAUGAACAUGAAGGAAAGGGAGUUUCCUUCCUGGAAACAGGAAGCUUUGCUGCUAUUAUCGACUGGUUAUUUUUUUUGCGUGACUAUCACUUGUGUCAUUAUUUUGAUUGUUUUAGUACCCGUAGGAUAAUACCGAUACUGAUACGUAGUAACGAUGUUACAACCGCGUUAAUCUGUACAGACACAUCUAAUUAAAUCAGCAUAUUAUUUUUAAGUUAUUUAAUAUUUCGAAGAACAUUACGCAUCACUAAAAUAAUUAUGAACAUUUAAUUCCGUAAAGUAGACAAUACAAUGGUAAUAAAAUGGUUAUUCCUUUGUUACUUGUUAUCUCCUAAAAGUCUCCUCUUCCUUUCGAAUUCGCACUACUCACUCAACAAAUAUCGAUAUUUUUGAGGCGUUCAAUAUGUCAGUAGUUUUCGAUUUUAUGAGGCGUCUGAUUGUGUUACUGUAAUUCCAUGAGUGCGUGCGUGCGUUAAAUAGAACGCGUCAAAAAUAGCAUACCGAAUGUAAUCGAAAUUAUAAUUACAUCAUAGAAGAAAAGGAGGUAAGAGAAGAGAUUGGCGGAGAUGAUGUCCAAAUGUCGGAAUUCGGCAUAGUGGCCUUGCUUUCUAAUCCCCGAAUUCAUCGUUUUGUUUAUUCCGUUGUACGUGCAUGCGUGCAUGCGUCAAAAGCUACCUAUAUAAACACGUCCCGUGCCUUCUUCUGAACAGUCUGGCGCUAUAUCUGACAGUUUGUUUAUAUCUGUUAUUCAUCGUAACCUGAUUAAAACAGUCAAAGAUUAUUAUUGACUUAUUAUUAUACGACUAGUAUUGGACAGACCCGAAUUGAGCUAGCUUCGUUAUACCGCUGCUAUUUUUGUUAUAAUUUCAGUUCUGAAAUUAUUGGACACACAUUACGAGAUUGCAUACUGUACAGGAAAAAAUUUCCAUUGACAUUGUUUACAAUUAAAGCUUUUCUUACGUUCCGCUUUGAUUUCUUACAACCUUGGAUUAACAGCAAAUAAGUUGAAAAGAGAUAAUCAUGAACAUGAAAUCCAUUCUGUUUGCAAUUAUAUUUAUUACGAUAUUCUCAAGUGGAAAAUCGAAUUUCUGGCAGGACAUAUCAUUUCUUCAAGAUGAAUUUCUUAAACUUUUUUUCCCUAAGAAUCCUGGUUUAGAGAGAGUUCGAAGGAUUGAUCAAACCGAAAGAAUGAUAAUAAAUGCAAAAGUAUUGGAUUUUAUUGGCAUGGUAGAACAAUAUGAUUAUCCUGCUGAAGAGCAUAACGUUACCACAGAGGAUGGUUAUAAUUUGAAAAUACAUAGGAUACCUGGAAGUCCAUUACUGGAUAAAAAUGUAAAGAAGGAAAUUAUAUUCCUUCAACACGGCAUGUUGGCGUCAUCGGAAUGCUGGAUCAUGUAUGGUCCCGGAAAAGAUCUUGCAUUUCUAUUGGCUGACAGAGGAUAUGACGUAUGGUUUGGAAAUAUGAGAGGAUCUACUUACUGUAGAUCGCACGUGAAUAUGACGAUAUACGAUCGCAAAUUCUGGCAGUACAGUUUUCAUGAGGUUGGGACAAAAGAUCUGCCAACUAUGAUUGAUUAUAUCUUAAAAUAUACAAACCAAAAAGAUUUGUACUAUAUCGGCCACUCAAUGGGAACUACUUCAUUAUUCGCUCUUCUAUCAACAAAACCGGAAUACAACAUAAAAGUAAAAAUGGCUAUUUGUCUUUCUCCAGUUGUUUUUUGGAUAGAAUUGUCACCUGAAGUGUACGCAAUUGCUGAGGCUUGGCCGACAAUAAAGGAAAUUCUAGAAAAGCAUGAAAUAUACGAUAUUUUCCCACAAUCAUUGACGACCGUUACGUUAGCCAGGACAUUAUGUAAAAAUAAUGUAACUCAGAUUAUUUGCGCCACUAUAUUGUUCCUACUUGCCGGUGCGGAUCCAGCACAACUUAAUACUACAAGCCUGUCACUUUUGUUUUCUCAUUUUCCAGCUGGUACUUCUGUACAACAAUUUGAUCAUUAUUAUCAAAGUGUUCGUACAAAGGAUUUUCAAAAUUAUGAUUACGGAACAAAUGAAAAUUAUAAACGAUAUAAACAGGCAACGCCCCCAAAGUAUGAUCUUAAAAAGGUUACGGCUCCAAUCGUUUUACUUUUUGCAGAAAAGGAUACGAUUCUUAGAACAGAGAAUGUGAUUGAACUAAACAACCGCUUACCGAACGUUCGUCUAAUGGAAAAAGUUCCGUAUAAACACUUUAGUCACAUAGAUUUCAUAUGGGCAAUCAAUGCUAAAAGUCUUUUAUACGAUCGUAUAUUAGGACUAAUGCAAAUGUUUGACUAAGAAAAUUGUAUUAAUUUAAUAAAUCUAAUAAA